AUGGCUUCCAAAGAUCCGGGUGCGAAAACGUCAUCUCUCCGGUCAACAGCUGUUGACCCUAUUGCAACACCAACAUAUCCCACAGGAGUGCUUUUCACAGUACUUACUACAACCACUAUUCGUGCGCCACUUUCAUCUGUGUUAGAGCUCAGUCUUGAGACUUCCAGCUGGCCAACAUGGAAUCCUUUCGUCCCGAGAGCUAACAUUAUAUCGCAACCUGCAACUUCCUCAUCCUCCUCAACCAAGCUCGAAGUUGGAACGAAAGCUACAUUCCACAGUCGGAUGAAAAGGGACGGGCCGCCUUCCUCUGCAUACAGUGACCAUGAGGUGGUGUCUAUCGACCGGUACGAGAAAGAAGGGGCUCAAGGCUGGAGUAUUGUAUGGAAGACAAUUGGAAUUCCUGGAGGCGACUGGAUUCUAAGAACAGAACGAGUUCAAGAGAUGAUCGAGAGGAAGGAGGAGGAUGGGAGCACUGUCGUUGAGUAUAAGACUUGGGGAACCUUCGGAGGACCGAUGGCGUACAUGUUGAGUUUUUCUGGAACCAAGAACGAUAUUGUUGACAGGUUCGAAGAUUGGGCGCGUGGAUUGAAAGAGCAUGCUGAACAUAAGGGACAUCAGUGA